GACCAUGAUCAUGGUCUAUACCAGUGCCGCGGUUUUUUCUUUCGACUAAAGUAUAGUAAUCUUCUUUGUUCCACCCUGCGACAUCUAGUCCUUGAAGAUCCACCUAUUGUGUCUUGAUUUCGGAGAUAUCUACGUAUCAUCACAUAAAAUUUAUCUUUAUGUGUCUACUGAAUAUUUCAUCCUGCACGACCUGUGCCUGUACUUACUACUACACCUACUCAACGGAAGCAACCAACAAGAACAAUUACGGGUACUAGUAGUACACCCACUUCUCCGCGGCCUCGGCUUGGUGUGCGACUUCUUCGGAGCACCAGUGCAGCAUGAGUUCUUCGAUAGUUGUGCAUGAUCUACUUGCUUCGAAAGCGCAACGACGCACCAGGCGAUUUGUAAAUUGGUAGUUCACUUCACAACAGUCGUCGCCCAGCACAACAUACACUAGAAGGUCAAGGUCGUCCCCAGCGAGGACUAGAUUACCUCCAACACCACUAUGAAGCGGCGGUCGAAGACCAUGGGGGACCUGGGCCGGUCCAAAACCUCGAGCAGUGGCGCGGAGCUGGGCGGGGGUGCAGCUACGACUGGUGGAGCAGCCGCCCACCAGAUCCUUGGCGACGCAAAAAAAGGCACGAGCACCAGCACUCGUCCAGUAUCCUGUGCAAAAGUAUCGUACUCGUAUAAAUGCAAGUCUUGCACUUACAAAUCUUGUUCCCAAGGCAAAUCAGCAUGACAAAUUAUAUUUCUCAUGCUGAGUAAAUUUGUAUAUGCAUUUAUACGAGUACGAUACUUUUGCACUUCAUAUCCAGACUCUUCGGGCAACAAGGUCACGCUGCCUGAUAUGGAGUUCUCAAACGUUACAUUCUCAACUGUUACAUGCUUUGUCAUGCAAAAUGACCAUGAGCCACCAGACGAUCAAGCUGCGUCGCAUGACAAAUUCUCGGAGGGCUAAACAGUGUGUAAAUCCGCACCAGAUCUGUCAUGCAAGACGCGCAAGCUCUCCCUUUCAGUUUUGCCAUUCUUGCAUCACAAAUUCAUGUAACAGUUGAGGAUGUAACAGCUGAGAACGCCAUGCCUGAGAUCCGGAUCCUGCCUGGUAUCCGGGAGCGCAUGCAGUAUCCAGACGGACACCCGCGAGUAAGUAUGAACGAUGAAGACACCAUGGACGCCUUUCGCCGGACCUUGAAUCGCUUGGAAAAGUCGAAUAUGCAAUGCAAAAGUAUCGUACUAGUAGUAAUUGAAUUACAAAUUGUCUCAGCAUGACAAAUAGAAAUUUGUCAUGCUGAUUUGCCGGGAGAACGAGAUUUGUAAUGCAAGAUUUGCAUAUUAAUUCAUUUUCAUGCGUUACGAGUGCGAUACUUUUGCACAGGAUAUCAAAGUCCGUGUGCGAGGAGCUCGAAGCACAUGCCAAGAAGAAAAUCACCAAACGGAGUUUCAGCACCAUGGGCGGACAAUCGACAGGUGGAACGUUUUCACCCUCUCCGCUGGCGAGUCCCGGGGGCGGUCAGCACAUGAGCCGGGCGCACACAACCGCUAACUUCAUGACGACGGGGAAAACAAGCACCAGCAGUGCAUCAAAUACAAAUGCUGGAGCAGGUGCAGGACCAGCGACAGAGGCAACCAUGUCUUCAACCUUCGCGCCGACGUCCAGCAGUACGACCCUCGGCGCAACGGACGUCAGUGCAGCUCCUCCAGCGGGAGCAGCUUUUAAUACAAAUAGUACCGGGGGGAGCAAUUUUAAUGUAGCGGCCUCUGCAACGUCGACAGCAUCGAGCUUUCCGGCCUUCCGUACGACGGUAGCCUCGGAUUUUCUAAACAACCCGGAAAUUUUCGAGGGCUACAAAAAGGAUCUGGACUUUCCGAAGAACGAAAAGGUAAAUCACAACGCCGACUAUACCAACGACCGGGCGCGCUACCUGAUGCUGAUAUCCAGGAAAAAAACAUUGUAGGUGUAACUUUCUUGGAGGAUUAGCAUGACAAAUAUCUCUCGCAUGACAGCAAAAAACUGCCAUGCGCAGAUAGUACCGGAAAACGCCGUUGAAUGGGCCCUGCGAUGCACGCCAAGCAUGACAGACGCAAUCAUCUUGCAUGUUGCGCAUCACAAAUUUACUCCCGCAGAGGGAGCGAAAGAGCACGGCCCGAGCGAGUGAAACUGUCUCGAUUUGCGUGAAAGGGUCCCGAAAAUGAAACGCGCAGCGCUCCCCGGAAUCGAUUCAAAUAAAACGCGAACGCCUGCCGGGGCGGUUGGCAAAAGAAAGACAGGGAAGCGGCCAGAGGCCGGCGCCCUGGGGACGGCGACGGCCCUCCCGGCGCCUGCGCUCCCAGACCGUGACAAAUAGCAGGCAAAGUGGCCGCCGCAGCCGGCUCUAUCAAUCUUCCUUGUGCCCGUGCCGCGGCCGCUGCGUAGUUGUGUUGCUCUGAGUUUCAUUUCGCGCCGCCCCGCGGGAAUUUGCGUGGCCCUGGGCGAGCGGGCCGGACGCCCGUGGUAGAGGGCGCCGAGCCUCCGCGCCCUUGCCUGGUCGCUGCGCCUUUGCCAACCAGAUCGGGCCCCAGUCGCGGUAAAUUAUAAAAAUUCAGGGCGUGACUUUAAAAAAUCCCGCAGAGGACUUGCGCUGCGAAAAAAAAUUUGGCGCGGAUGGUGGGAGUUUCUGCAAUUUCCGCGCUGCCUAUCGUCCUGCUUGGUUUCCGGGCGUGCCUUUGGGCGUGGUGGGAGGGCCUUUGGGAUGGUCCGCGUUUUGUUUGGGGUAUGCCGGGCCCUGCGGUGUCCUGCGUUUCUUAUCCUGUGGGAUUCUUCCGCGCCCGGUGUGGGGUUAGUUGUUGCCGGCCGCCGGCCGACCGGCUUUUCUUCCGGGAUUUGGUCAGGCAGACAGGCCCGGGCGAAUCCCCGCCCUAAUUGCAGACUAAAAAUUUGCUAAAUUGAACCGGCGCCCGGGCCCCGGCAGGCUUUGGGGUUUUCCGUGUUUUCAAGGCCCAGCGCAGUCGCGCGGCCCGCUCUUCUCCGGGUUUCCAGCUUUGGGGGCAGGGCCGCACGUUCGGCGGCCUGCCGGACAGCGGGCAAGGCGCCCGUCUUGCGGGUAUUUUUUGGCACGGGCCUGUUGGUUUGUCUCUGUGGGGUCCGGCUGGGGCAUUUCGGCCCUUGCCGGGGCAGGGUUCCGAGUCCGCUAAAUUAGUCCGCUAACUGGGUCACAAAUUUUCAGAAAAGUGCCCAGAACGCUGUUGCUAAUCUGCCCUUUAAUAGUCUGCUAAAAUUUUGGAGGUGUCUGCUAACCUGCCCCGCUAACCCGACUGCUAAUUGUCAUCUAAUUGGGGCCUCGGGUCUGCUAGCGGGGGAAAGUAGGGAAAACCAAUGCGAUUUCGCUGGUGUUCAGGCAGUGUCCGAACAUCAGGGAAAUCGCAUUGGUUUUUUGCCUUGCUCAGUUCGGGGGGGCCCAGUUAGCAGACAUAUUAGCAGACACUUUUUCGGAAGCCGAAAAAAAUUAGAACCCAAUUAAAGGGCCGAUUAGCAGAGGGGGUUUUGAAAUUCCCUGAGGCGUUUAGCAGACUCACGCAGGGGGGUCGGAGGGGGUGAAUUAGCAGACAAAUUAGCAGGCCUGCCGUCGGGGUUGGGCCUCAUGUGGUCGAGAUUGGGUUAUCAUGAUCGGGCGCGCGGGUCGUCGGUCGUGUUCUCGCUGGCCGGCUUUGGGGGUUCGUUUUUCUUCGUUGCCUGAAUUGCGCCGAGCGAAAUGAUUGCACCUCGUCGCCCGUCCUCGUUGGUAAGUUUCUUUCUGCCGUGUUUGCGGCGAAAGUUUCCGGCUUUGGGGGAUUUGCAGAUUAGCAAUUUUUUAGCCUGCAAUUAACAUCAUUAGGUCGCCCGGGCCUGUCUUCCUGAAUUUGGAACGCGGAGCCGGGUACUUUUACGACAAAAAACUGCAUGGAUUACGACAAGAAUUUUGAAAAAGUUUCAAAAAAUUCUAAAAAAACUGCCGCUGGAAAAACAUGAGGAAAAUCGAAGCCCUAUGGUCCGGCUUUCUGCCGUUUUUAUUUUUUUCGUAAUUUCGGCAGACCUUUAAUUUUAAAAGAUCAGCUGCAAUUUUUAUUGCACCUGAUGCACGUACGAAACGCAGGGAAACGACGCAAAAAACCCGGAGGGUGGUGCUGUCGCUUCGCGUGAUCCAGCCCGUGACCCACCGCCCAGAGCCGGCGCGUUUGGCGCGAUGGGUCGCAGUUCUUAUCUCGAUGAGCCGCCCGGCUUGUUCUUCUCCCUUUCGGGGCUCCCAUUUUUCGCCCUCGGCUGUGUUUUCCCCUGUGUGUGGGCUUUCGCGGCCCAUGACUCGGCUCGGGAUCUUUUGCGACCGUGUUUCGCCGCCUUGGUAAUUUUUAAAAUCUAAUCCGGGCCCCUUGGCGGUCGAUCUGGUUGGCCUUUGCCGUGGUUGGCGCGCUGCCCUGCGUUGCAUUUCGCGCCGCCCCGCGGGAAUUCGUCUGGCCCUGGGCGAGCGGGCCGGGCGCCAGUGGUAGGGGGCGCCGAGUCUCCGCGCCCUGGUCUGGCCGCUGUGUCCUUGCGUUCGUUGGUUGGUUCGUGUUUCUGAGUUGCAUGUCGCGCCGCCCCGCGGGAAUUUGCCUGGCCAUAGGCGAGCGGGCCGGGCGCCAGUGGUAGACUAGAGGGCGCCGAGUUUCCGUGCCCUCGCUCGCCUGGCCGCUGCGUCUUACUUUUCGCUGGGUGGUUCGUAUGUAGUGAAGUCACCAAACGGCUCCGCGAAAAACGAACGGGGAGUGGUCAUAUACCGUGAAAAACGAACGCAGGCUUUCAAUCGGCAGAAAGUGGCUUUGAACAUAAAGAGUUUCCGUUUGUCAAUCGGCUCUGGCUGACCUGGCACCGAAUCCAUCGCCGCCGGCCCGGCGGAUUCCAUCGGUCGCCGAUCUAAAAAACGACGCAGAGGAGCCAGCAAAAGGGGCGCCAUUCUGAGGCGCCUGGCGCACCUAAUUCCGCCGAUUUGGGGCGCCCAAUAAGGGGCGCCGAAAAAGUGCGAAGAUGGCAAAGGCUUCGGAUCCGCGUGCUAUGUGCACCAUUUUUGGCUCCUUUUCGAGGUCGCAGAGACGGCUAACAAGGUCGAGCACUUGUAAUGUGGAGAGCAAUCCAAGGCGCGCGACUUUUCAACAAAAAAAACAAACAAAAGCGGAAAGCUCGCCAAAAUCUUAAAGCCAAUUCGCAUGCUAUGGGCCCGAUUUGGGGCGCCCAGGGGGCCGGGCUUGGUAGGGGCCCUUGCGUGGCUAUAGCACGCGGGAAAGCGUUUCGAUUCAGGGGGCGGCGGGGGCAUGGCUUUUCCACAAAAAAAACCAAAGGACGCAAACCCCGCCAAAAGCAGCAGGCCAGCCCGCAUGCUAUGGGCCCGAUUUCGGGGGCCCAGAGGGCCGACCCUGGCGGAGGCCCUUGUGGGGCCAUAGCAUGUGGGAAAGCGUUUCUCCUCUGAAAAGAGCAAAAAGACCCGGCGUCGUCCAGUCUGUUAGAAAAAACCCGCGCGACCUCACUACCCCCGCCUCGGCGGCUAUAUUUGGCAGCCCUGAGCUGCAUGCCGCGCCGCCCCGCGGGAAAGAAGUUGCCUUGUCAUGUCGUAUUCGGUCGAGCCGAAGACGAGGCGCAAAAGAAUCGAAAUGGUGGCGCCCAAUUACGAAAGGCCGGAAAAGUGCACCAAAAUAGUGCGGCCAGGGUUUCUCGCGUGAUUUCGCGCCAGCUGCUUCGGUUUCGAUCGGCCCCGGGCACGUCAGUGCCAUGCCCGAAGUAAGGUUUGCGCCGGUUUAGCCAAUGACGAACGUCGAGAGACAAAGGAGAAAGGCUUGAGCGCUACAACCCGCGCACUCGCUUGCCGCCUUCUUCGCGCGCGGGCGAUGGACUGCGCCCCAUUUCGACACGCUUGCGCCUUUAUUAGGCCUAGCGAGCGCGUGUUGGCCAGCUGUUUCGCUACCGCUCCAACAUGGGGCACCGGUGUAGUUUGGAUCGCAAUGCAAGCGCAUUCCGCUGCUUUUUGCGCUGUUAGGGCGUUUUUUCUGCCCCUUCGACGCUUGCUAAUAGACUUGGCGAGACCCUUGCGCUUUUGGCUCGUUUGAUUAUCAGCCGCGCCGGCUUCCCUUGUUUUUCGCCGCUUAAUGAUGAAAGGCAGGACAAGUGCAGCAACAUGGUGCGCCUGAAGAUUUUUCGCGGGCGUGAUUUCGCGCCAGAAGCUUUGGCUACGGUUCUGGAUACGCCAGCACCAGGCCCGGCCUUAUUUAAAAAGCCCGGCGAAUAUCCGCGGAGCUUUUUCGUCGUGUUCUCUAUGAUUUGCAGCGUUUUUUGUGGUUUUUGCCAUCGUUUUGACGUUUUUGAUCUGAUUUCUGCACCAUUUUGCGCGUUUUGAAGCAAAGAAGUCCGCUUUCGGGGUCAUUUUGCACCGUUUCGCAAACUAUUGACGCAAUUUGCGCGCAUUUUCAUCCAUUUGCACCAAAAAAAGGCAAGCUUUGCGCGUUUUCGUGCUUUUUGAUUCGCUUUUGCGGCCAUUUUGCUGCUUUUGUUAUUGUACUAAGCCAAAACAGUGCCACUUUUGCCCGUUUGCUGUGCUACUGGCUUCAUUUGUUGCGUUUUUGACUAAUUUGAUGCGUUUUCGGCGUCAUUUUGCACGAUUUCGCAUGCUAUUGACCUAAUUUGCGCGCAUUUUGCCCCAUUUGAUGCACAAAAACGCGAGCCCGAGCCGCGACAAUUUGCGAAAUCCCGGCGAAUAUUCGCGGACUUUUUCUCGUCGCAUUUUCCCCAAUUUGGAGCGUUUUUUGUGGCUUUUGCCAUCGUUUUGUCUUUUUUGCAUCGAUUUUUGCACCAUUUUGCGCGUUUUGGAACGACAAAAAUUCAGCGAUUUUCGGUUCGUGUCUUGCAUGUUUCGUAACAUAAUUUAUAAGAUUUACACUAACAACUUUUUUUUCUUGGAUAGCUGAAGCGGCGGAAACAGUUGUUACUCAAGAAGCGGCAGCAGCUUUUGCUCAAGCAGAAUGCGCAUCACAAGUACACCACGGUGGAAGAUGUGGAGGCUGCAGUGCGCCUGGAGUCGGACGAGUUCCACGCCUCAGUAGACGCGCAGGAAGAAGAGAUCCAGGGGGGCAAGGGAAGUAGCGGCAGUCCGCGAGCUAUCGAAAGGAAAAAUCCCCCCUCCCCAUAUCGAAAACGAAAUUUGUGAUGCUGUAUUUGAGGUCACAAAUCAGAUUUGUCUUGCUGGCGAGGACUGCAGGCCCAUAUCAGGCCUGAGUAGACAAGUUUUGGCCUAGGCGCUUAGCAUGGCAGACGUCUACGCAGUAGGAGCAACAGCAUGACAAACCGCCUGUAGAAUGUGGCGGAGCCUGUAGACUUGCCUUCAUGCAAUACAGCGACGAUUUGUGGUCUCAAAUCUGCAUCACAAAUUUUCAGAAGUGUCCCGGUUUGGUAUGGGGAGGGGGGAUUUUUCCUCACAAUACGAACAAAGGGCUCCCCUGGAGGCGGUGGGAGUAGAACACCAAAUAGCCCGGGUGGCGGAGGUCAGAAAGACGCGAUUCCGGAAAUUCUGCCCAUUUCCCCCAAGGAGGAGAAGGUGCUGCUCGUGGUUUUUACAUGUAGUUAUUACAUAGAUGCCUCACUUCACUCAUGCUCGAGUCGUGUUUUUACCACGUGAUCCUAAUCCUAUGUCUACGUCAAGCGUGCCGAGUUGUACCUACGUAAAAAUUUGUUGCACACAGACUGGUCGUGAUCCAGCGCAAGUAGUUGUAGUUGCACUGCAAAAAUAAAGAGACCGCACGAGCCUUGUUUAUUUCGACAAAAUGAAAAUUGUAAAACAGGUUCAAUCUGUCGGGCAAUCGCAGCAGGAGGCCGCGCGCGCGCUGCUGCGCGACCAGCCGCAGGCCUUUGGGCUGGCGUUGAGCAACAUGGCAAAGGAGCUGAGGCGCAUCGACAUCGCGAAUCUGCGGGAACUUCUGCCGGCCUUUGUGGUGACCGAGCAAGUAGUCAACGAAACGACAAUAUGCACUGCAAAUAUGUCUGGGUCUGGAAGGAUGCAACUUGUGAUGCUACCUUUGGACUCUACAUAAAAUCUGUAUUGCAUGAACAGCAAAAGAGGCGCAAUUUGUGCUAUGCCGAGAGGGCAUUUCUCAUGCGGUAUGAGAAUCAGAGAGCCCUCACAGAAUCUCCGCAGCUCGGGCAUGCAUCACAGCCUCCCUGGGUCAUGGAAAAUCUGCAUGACAAACUUCUGCAUUCUUCCAGACUCAGACAUUUUUGCGAAUCAUAGACAAAGUCUUUCGAGAACAAGAUCGAUCCGCAAUUUUCGCCGCCUGUGCAGCAUCGGGAAACAACCGUGGUUGAAUCACACAAUCAUGAAAAGAUGCGGAGCAGCAAGGUUGCAACGUUCCGGGCGCCGGCGAAGAAGCGAGAGUUUUUUAAGGUAUAAUACACAGUCUCUAACUUAAACUUGAAGGUUAUCUUUCUUCCAUAGCGUAAGCGUAUCCCAUUUUUGCAUCGAAGAUGAGAAUAAAAGUGAAUGAAACAAAUAAAAUCACUAUAAGUCGAUUCAUUUUUCUCCCGAAUCCCUGUGUUUAGCAAUGGGUAUUCUGGCCACCCUACUUUGUACUUUGCUACUUUCCCAAUCGCGCGGCUAGCACAACUGGAAGUGCGCUCGGCUGGGCUCUCUGACCACGCGUGUGUGGCGGAGGCUCCUCGGCUCUGCGGCACACCACCAAGUGGUCCCUCCAGAACGGAAGGAAGGAGGUUCAGGGUUGUGCUGGGAACAACGCAACAGUUCCCAGGCACUAGCCUGGGAGAGCGGCCAGGAGAUCCAUUCAAAAGCUCUACCAUCCAAGCGGCUUCGCCCGCAGGCGGCUUCGACCGCGGACGGUCUGGCGGGUUCUGGCUGAGAGGUCCGGGUUCGAAUCCCGGAACGCGCGCAAUUUUUGCUUUCGCCUUGGGUUGUUGUUCUUCUGACGAGAACUACAAGGACGGCGUCGUCCCGUCUGAGUGCGCUCGCGCGCGCUGCGCAAUGGUUAAAAUUGCUUCUUUCUCGUCCUCCCAUGCCGGUCGGACGCGGACGAGUGUUGAUAUUUAUCCUUUCGGCACGACGUGGACGGGUUGGUCACAAGUACUUGUUGUGCAUACAGCCCAGCAGCCCGGACUCUGUGUCGGCCCGUCGUGGAACAAGGAUCAAGUACGCGGCAGCUCCACGACACUUUCUUACUUAUACACGACGUAGUAGUAAAAAUACACUAUCCAAACCAGGGCGCCACCGCUCCGCCGGAGUCACUUCUGCUAUUCCCCAACCUUCGCGACGUUUCGCUUCCAGACAUGCGGCUGCCCAACGGUUCCUUUCUCGCGAGGCUGCUCAAGCUCGUGGCGCUAUGCAUUGCAAAAAUGUCUGGGUCUGGAAGGUUGGAACUUGUCAUGCUAAAUCUGAAUCGCGCAAAAAUCUGUGUUGCAUGAUUACCAAAUGCUGCCCACUUUUGAUCUAGUUGAGAGGCAGUUUCUCAUGCAGGAUAGGCAUGAUAGUGAUCUCACAGAAUCUGCCAUGCUAGGUCCUCCAUUACAGAUCAUAUGGGUCAUGGAAAACCUGCAUGACAAGUCGAGCAAAGUUUCAGACCCAGACACUUUUGCAUUUGAUAGGCCCGCAACGAGGGCAAUUCGCCGUUGCUGAACUUGACGCUGGACGGAAACCAGUUGGAUUUCGAAAACAUCCGGUUCACGCUGGAAUCAAACAAGGAGAACCUUUUGCACAAGCACAGCAGCGGCGGAAAGAUGAUAAAAAAAGCUGCCAGUGGGAUUGGGAACAGCUACAAGAUGAACGGUAGUGCAAUAGCCGACCACGAGGCAGAAAUGUUUAUACAGCCGUCCGGCAACAAGCACGCGCUUUCCGAUUACCCGCCCGACAAGCAGACGUCGCGGAUAUACGAAGAUUCACAGAAGAUUUUGAAGGACCACGAGAAAGACAUUGCGGAAAUUAGCGGGAGGUCCAUGCGGAGUUGGCAGAAGCACCACUUACACUUCCAGAACCUGCAGCAGCACCACCCCCAGCACCUCCCGCACACUCCGAUUACGCCGAUGACGCCGCAGGUCGAAGGCGGAGCUGGAAGUUCAUCUUCUCACGGGCGUCACCAGAAAGGCGAUAGCUUCUCCAGCACUGCCACCAGUUCCAUGCACAACACCACGCAGUCGUCCUUCUCCCUGCUCCACAAUCGGCCGCCUUCCCCGAUACGACGACAACCCCGGGACGAACUCGCCAACAUCGCGCGCCGCAACAUCCUAUGCACUGCAAAAGUAUCGUACUAGUAUAGAUUGCAUUACAAAUUUUCCCAAGAACAAAGAUGCACUUUGUCCUGCUCUUUCAGGUAGAAAGUUGGAUUUGUCAUGCAUAUCUGCAAUUAGUACGAAUGCGAUACUUUUGCACAGGAUACAUCCGCAUCCGCAUGGGGGCGAGCGCGGGAAAGGAGACAAAAUCUACCACCCGCGAGGAAGACGAGGCGCAGGCGGAGGAGAUGCUGUAUCACAUCGCGAACGCGAGCCACAUCCAGUUCUACCCCGACUUGACCACCAGCUGUCUGGAUCUGGUAAAGCUGUACGACAAGCUGAAGUACCUCUCCCUGAAGCGCUGCAACAUCGUAUGACAGUGCACAACUCCCCCUUCCCCUCAUUUGUAUGGCAUGAACAGCAAUACAAGCGCCAGCGAGAAUGCAGGUUUUGCAUGACAAAUUUGCACCGGAUUGUCGCGCUAUUUGGGCUGCCAGAACUUCUCAUGCAAACAGUGCUAAGAGUCACACUCACAGCCUGCUGAAUUGGGCACUUUGCAUGACAAAUGAGGGGGAGGGGGAGUUGUGCACAUUCACACAUCGACGAGCAGGUCGUGAAAAGGUUGAUCCUGCCCUACCAGUCGAUUGAGGUGCUGCUGCUCGACGAAAACCCGCUGCUAGACAUGGGGUUGCUUUACUUGAUGAAGGCCAACCCGCUGGUGUUCGGCCACUAUCCACUGCAACUAUGUCUGGCUCUGGAAGAUUGCCAGGUCUGUCAUGCAUAUUUUGCAUGCCCCAUGAUGCCUGAGAUGCAUGACCUAGCAUCACAGAUUUUUUGAGGGCUUGCGCAUGCUAUACCGCAUGAGAAAUUAUGCCCUCUACUCUCUCUCUCUCUCCGUAGCACAAACUGGGCUCCUGUUGCUGGUUAUGCAAUACAGAUUUUUCUAGAAUCCAAAAACAGCAUCACAAAGUGCAACCUUCCAGACACAUCCAGGGAUAUUUGCAUUUGGUAGCCACCUUCCCCGCCCCAUUUUGAAGAUCAUCUACGGGUACGAGGGGUCGGUAUCCUCUGCAAAAGUAUCUGAUACUCGUAUUGCAAUCAUGCAUUACAAAUCUUUUUCUUAAGGUAAAUCCACAUUACAAAUAUCAUGCGUCAUGCUGACGAAAUUUGUAAUGCAUUUAUACGAGUACGAUGCUUUUGCAUCUCAUACUCGGAGGCGGAUAGCGAUCCAUUGGAGGAUAUCCUGUGUAAAAACGUCCCCAUAGUACCAGAGUUGUGAUGCAGGUUAGCAAAUACAGCAACAUUUGGAAUGCGCGCCCGCAUGACACCAGGCAUUUCCAGUCGCGUUUUGGAAUUUGUAAUGCUGUGAGAAGGAAGAUAGGAGAAUGGCUUUGUUAUGCGGCUGUGCUUGCUACCUUGUAGUACAAUACAGAGAGAAACUUGUCAUGCGUCAUCCCCAAAACUUCUGGAUUUCUGUUGCUGAGUUCCCAACUUGACUCUGGGCUCGUGGGGACGUUUUUGCUCAGCAUAGAGGAAACCGAAGUCGAGUCCGCGUUCGAUUUUGGCGAGUUUUUGGCUGUAUCCUGUGCAAAAGUUUCGUACUCGUAUUGCAAUCAUGCAUUACAUUUUUUUUUUCUGAAAGCAAAUCCGCAUUACAAAUUUCAUUUCUCAUGCUGAGGAAAUUUGUAAUGCAUUGGAUUGGUAUGAAUACGAUACUUUUGCAAUUCAUAGGCCGAUUUGGGCGAGGACUUUCUGAACACGGACUUCAUCAACGGCGGCGUCAAGGAGGAAAAGGACGACCUGGCAGCGUCGGUGACAGAAAAACUGCGGGCGAGUAGGGUCGUGGACGAAGAGCAGAUUGCUGAUCAUCGGGAAAUAGAUGUUGCAAACAAGGAAAUAUUAGACAACUGCUCAUCAUCCCAUGUUGAUAUUUCACAAGGAGCUGCAGCUGCACCAACCGGAAAUAUCAAAAAUGUUGCUGCCACAGGUUCAUCUUCAACUGGUGCAGGACCUCCUGCGACUCUGAAAAGCAGUUUGAAAACGUCUUCCUCCUCAACAUCCACAUCUAAACAGCAACAACAGGGCCCUACAGCUUCCUCCUCCGAACCACCUGUAGCAUCGUCCAACAACUACUAUAAUCCCCCUCCAAAGUCCCCGCUGCACUCGCUAUCCCUACGAAAAACCGGACUCUGCGCCGGGAAUCUGCUCUCGCUGCUGUUUAUGAACUGCAAAAGUAUCGUACUCGUAUAAAUGCAUCACAAAUUUCCUCAGCGUGAGAAAUAGAAUUUGUAGUGCUGAUUUGCCUUGGGAACAAAAUUUGUCAUGCAAGACUUGCAUUUAUAUGAGUACGAUAGUUUUGCACUGGAUGCUGUUUCAGUCCAGUUCGGCGAAAUUGAAACAGCUGGAUUUGAGCCGCAACCCGUCGCUGACUGUUUCCUACCUCGAGUCGAACACCCAGCCAGCGCUAUCCUGAGCGAAAACGCCCGCGCCCCAGAGUCAAGUUGGGAAAUCUGCUAGACAAAUCGACCAGCUUUAGUUGUUGCGCAUGACAGGUCUCCACCUGCAGUGUAAGUAGUGACGUUUCGCAAGGGAAGCCGCGUUGGAAAGCCGUUUUCUCAUCCUAGUUACAGCAUUACAAAUGCCAAAACACGACGACUAGAAAUGCCUCCCAUGGAGAUGCGCAUUACAAAUCGACUCCAGUCAUUGCGCAUUUGCAUGACAGCUCUGGGGAGGUGGGGACGCUUUUACAUAGGAUACGCGCCGGCGUUGGAGGAGCUGUGGGUGGAGGAGUGCAAUCUGUCGCUGGAGCAGGUGAAGGUUCUGAUCCGGCCCUUCAUGACGUCGCUGCAAAAGUUCCACUGCAUAUGCAUUGCAAAUAUGUCUGGGUCUGGAAAGGUUGAACUUGUAUUGCUUGUCCAGGUGGACUCCAGAAAAAUCUGUAUUGCAUAAAGGCAACAUAAAGCGCCACAGUCUCGCCAUGAAAAAGCGCAGUUUGUAAUGCGCACUGAGUAUGUAAAACUAAAAGCGGAUGAAAAAUUUGUCAUGCAGUAUUGCACCCAAAGGCGCUCUCACUCAUGACCAUUCAGCAUUACAGAUUUCCAGACCCAAACACUUUUGCAAUUGAUACUGCAGCAAGCAGUUCGAUUUGUUCGAGGAGGGGGAGAAGAAAAAACCGAAGCCGCGUAUGAGCGUGCAUAAGUAACUCCCUUUUCCCCUCAUUUGUAUCGCAUCCACAGCACUACAAACACCAGCACACGUGUAUGCUGCGCAUGACAAGUUUGAUAUGCACGGAAGAUGGUAGUGCUAUUUGGGCUUCCGCUUCCAGGAUUUGUCAUGCAAACAGUGCUUCAAGGCAGAAGCUGGAUUUGGGAUUUUGCAUGACAAAUGAGGGGGAGAGGGGAUUGUGCGUUGUCAUACCGCGAGGCAUGAACACACUACGGGACGAGAUGUCCCGCAUUGUUUUCCGCAACAUUUGUUUUUUCGACAAUGUUAUGCGUUGCAAAUAUGUCUGGGUCUGGAAGAAUGAAGCCUGUCAUGCGAAAGCUGGAUCACGAGAAAGUCUGUGUUGCAUGAACUCCAACAGUUACCCAAUUCUCGCUAGACAAAAGGGGAAUUUCUCAUGCGGAAGAGGCAUGAGGAAGGUCUGAAAAAAUGUGUGAUGCGUCUGUCUGCAUUAGCAUUACAGACGAUCCGUGUGGAUCGCGAGAUGCAUCACAAAUCUUGCAACUUUCCAGACCCAGACACUUUUGCAUUUGAUAAACGUGAAGAACAUACCGGAGAACUUGUCCUACAUUGCGUUCAAACAACUCGAUUUGGAAACGAAGAACCUGAUCGACUUGGUGUGGAAUUUACUCCGGGACAAGAUCGAGAUUGACCUGGCGUUCAACCCGCUGUUGGGGUUGACCGGGCUCUCUUUGCUGUUGCUCACCCUCCGGUCCUCCAAGCAGGCAGGGCUGGAGCAAUUACGAAAAAUGAACUCUUCCAGAGGAUUGCAGCACAGCAGCACAACGCUAGGGGAGAUCUUGGCCGCAGGGGAGGUACUAGAGCAGAACAGCGAAAACAAGAACCCUGCUGCAGACGAAAGCGCAAACGCGGACAAAACGCAAACGAAGCCGGUUGUACCGAGCUCCAUUUUGGGUCUGGACAAAUCCAACACGGUGGACAUGCUGGAGGUCGGCGAUGACAACGAUGACGAGAACAGCAAGUCGAAACUUCCGCGAGAAGAGUACCCCAAUUCCCGGCGCAAUAACCGGCAGAAACCCUUCCACCAGGUCGGGGACCCGACGGAAACGAACAAAAGACGGAGGAAGUUCAAGCAGCUGAUCAUUCGGUAUGAGGGGUGCGUUUACCCAAGAGUUUUGUCGGCGAAACAGUGGGGAAACCUAAACGCCAUUGUCACGGUAUCCUGAGUAAAAACGUACCCACACCAGAGUUGUAAUGCAAAUCUACAUGCUGAAAAUGUUUCUCAUGCGGAGCUCCAUGAGAAGCAUUUUCUAGUCGUGUUUUGCAAUUUGUCAUGCUCCAAUCAGCAUGGUGCGCUAGAUCUGUGAUGCUGCUGAGCUAGCUCAAACAGCACUACACUACGAAUCCAAAUUUGUCAUGCAAAACAGCCAAAACUUGUGGAUUUGUCUAGCCGAUUCCCCAUCUUGACUCUGGUGUGGGUACGUUUUUACUCAGGACACACGGAACUGAAGGAAGACUUCGGUAUCACGGUGACGCAUAUGAGAGUGCAUAACUCCCCCUCCCCCUCAUUGUUGUAAUGCAAAAGCCCAAACUUAGUUGCUGCCUUGUAGCACUUUUUGCAUGACAAAUUCUGAAAUCCCAAACAGUACUACAAUCGGCGCAUAAACUUGUCAUGCUCAGGCUCCACGUAUCAGUAGUACUUAUCUUGCUGUUUGCAUUGCUGUUCACGCCGUACAAAUGAGGGGGAGGGGGAGUCGUGCACUCUCAUAACACACGAUGUCGAAAAGAAGGAGGGGGUCUUGAGUCAGAAGACGGUGAUGCUGCCGCCGAUAGAAGGGGGAGGAGAUGUGGUGAUUGAAGAGUAGCUGGGCGGUUUAUCUUCUUGUUAAAAAACGUACUGCAAGACGUUGUACGUGUACGAUUAAAAAGCAAACCGGUACAACUUUACUGGUAUUAAAGCUUCUACUAGAUGUUUCGAAUUCCAUGUUUAGCGAAAUUUUAUGUUUCGAAUUCCAUUUAUUUUAGCAACAGAAAGAAUCAAUACGCUAUGAUGUUUCGAAUUCCAUUUCCAUUUGAGAAUAAACGACGUAAAGAAAAAGAUUAAUUCAUCACACAAAAUUCACACCUCGUGUAGUUUUCCUUUUACUUGAUAUGUCAUAUAGUAGAGCUUGUUUUAUUUGAAAGACUGUAGUUAGCAGCCGCACCGGAGAAAGAUAAUAUUAUGUAGUUUGUAGGUUGUCUACCACGACCUAGGAAUUACCAACCUAGACUACCGCUUAUGUUGUGAGCCUGCGAUACUUUUCCUCACUGUACGUGUUACUUGUUUCCGUCGCCUGUCGACGUGUGUUAUUUUUACCCUAGUAAGCAAUCCCGUGCACCACUCGCGUGCAUGUUGCGUAGCGCAAUAACGUACUAAUACCGCUACUACGUACCAGUUGUUGUUUCAUCCCAGCGAGAAGAUGAACACCUGUACAGUAAACGCUAGAACAUUAAUAUGGUAACGGUAGAAAAAUCCGAUGUCAGGAGAAGCUGUACGUGUAGCACACCAUCUACUAC